AUGUUGCACAGUAAUGCCAGAUGCAAAUGAUCGCAACACGUCGACUUUUUAAUAACCUACACGUUAUAACAUAUGUUUUGUUUUCGAUAUUAUUAUAUGAUCUAAUACAAAUUUACUCAACACACUGUGUGUGUAUAUAUCUACAUGUAAAAUAUGUAUACAUAUUGUGUGUAUGUGCAUUGUUCAUUUUUAUUAUUAUAAAAAAAAAAAAACAAAUAAAUAAAAAAUAUUCAUAUCAGUAGAAUGCAUAUUACGGGAGAGUCGUAUAAUGAAGAUAAAUCAUGCAAAGAAAAAGAAAAGAGAAAAUUUAAAGUUGUAAGAACGAUUGAGAUGUAUUCUUUCAAUCCACGAUUCAAGCUGACGUGCGUAUUCUUUAUCUUAUCAAAUUUUCUCUAAUAUAAAUAUGUAUACACGCAUAAACAUAUAUUAUAUCAAUGUUUUAAAUUCUUCAGUGCAUAGUUGAAUGCUGUUAAGAACGAACGAAAAGUGUUACAUUAAAACAAGAUUGACAAAUUAAUAUCAAAUAUUUUUUUUUUUUUUUUUUAUAAAACACCUAACACAAGCAUUCAUUCGAGUCAUGAGUAUCGGUGACGUAUGGUUGAGAGACACUGUGAUGUCAUACGGAAAAAUAAUUGUAACAUUAAUCAUAUUAAUUUAUAUAAUCUUUAGAAAAUGGCCAAAAUUAUGUGAAAUUGUUUAUAAGGCGCAUCUCCUUGGAUUCGAGAUGGAACUCGCGGAAAUUGCAUUUCCUUACAAGAAGGAAUUGUUUAAAAUACUUGAAACUAUUGUUUCCAAUGACGAAUCACUUCGAUCUAAGGGAUGCAUUCGCGUACUCGAAAUUGGAGUUAAAACUGGUGAUAAUAUUCGAUUUUAUCCAGACAAUACUCAUUUUAUCGGUGUUGAUUGGAACACAAAGUUGGCCGAGUACCUUAAUGAUGACAAUCAUUCCUGGCAAUUCGGACAUAUAUUCGUCGAACGUCUCAUUAUCGGGGAUGGCAGUAAUUUAAAACUCAUUCCUGAUAAUCACGUAGACGUUGUAGUAUCGAUUAGAUCACUUUGUUCGAUUAAAUUACCACUAAAUGCUUUAGAUGAAAUUAAACGGAUCCUCGGGCCGGGUGGAAGAUAUAUCUUUAUGGAACACGUUCCAGAAACAAAAGAUUAUUUUUUACGCUGGAUACAAAUAAUAUUAACGCGAUCAGGGUUGUGGCCAUCGUUAUUCGGAAAUUGUCAUUUGGAUUUUGAUAUUAUAAGAGAAAUUAAUGACGCUGGUUUCAAACGUGUUACAUCAACGUCGAUCAUACUAGACGGUCCUGUUUCUCAAACUGUACAUUUAUUACUCACCGGUCAACACGUGCUAGGUGUAGCAAUGCGAUAAGUACAAAUGUUCAAUUUUUUUCU